UAUUCUUCUUGUAUGAUGCAUAUGCUAAAGAAGCUAAGCAAACAAUUAAGUGGCGAGGAUUGGAAUUGGAACAACUUAAACACAUUAUGUUGGGCAAUAGGGUCUAUAUCUGGUUCGAUGAUGGAAGAACAGGAGAACAGAUUUUUGGUUAUGGUCAUUCGUGACUUGCUGAAUUUAUGCGAAAUCACGAAAGGGAAGGAUAACAAAGCUAUCAUCGCAAGUAACAUUAUGUAUGUUGUUGGACAGUACCCGAGGUUUCUAAGAGCUCACUGGAAGUUCCUAAAAACUGUUGUGAACAAAUUGUUUGAGUUCAUGCAUGAGACACAUCCUGGUGUUCAGAGUUAAAUUGUUUGACAAUAAGAAGAGAUUAACAGUUGUAGGCUUUAAAAAAUUUCAGAGCAACAUCAUGAGGAGGUUUGCCUUGGAAACCUGAGGAGAUUUCAAUUUAGAGAGCUUCAGAUGGCAAUAAACAAC